AUGUUUCGAGCUCUGAUUGUGUUAGUGAUAUUAUUGUACAUGUGGUUCAGGUAUACGAGGCGAAAGUUAAAUGAGUUAGCCGCUAAGAUCCCGGCUUUCCCUGGAUUAUUUUUGGUCAUGGGUGCAUUCCAGUUUGCGUAUAAUGCUUCGGAUUUUAUUUUUGAAAUCAUGACGAAGAUAUGUUCAUUUUCGUUUCAACAUGGAGGGAUUCUUAGGUUAUGGACUGGACCUAGACUUUAUGUAGGUAUAACAAAUCCUGAAGAUGCAGAGUAUAUCCUGAAAAAUUGCUUAGAAAAGGAGGAUCUAGUGACCUUCUUGAGGUCCAUCGUUGGAAAUGCCAGUGCUUUUGCUCCUGUAUCGCAGUGGAUAUACCGUAGAAAAAUUCUAGCACCCACAUUUAGUCCCAAAACUAUAUACAGUUACAUGGAUAUGGUUUCCGAGGAAAGUCUUGAGUUAGUUAAGAAGUUGUCUUUGGAUAAUCGGAUCGGUACUGGACCGUUUAGCUUGUGGAAGUAUAUAAGCACGUAUACAUUGAGCUCAUUGACUGCCACAGCUCUAGGCUUAAAACUAUCAUUUCAAGAAGUAGACUUACCUGUAAUAAAGGCUGUUUUGGAUAUAUUCAAAUUAUUAACACACAGAAUGGUUCAUCUCUGGUUGUGGCCUAAUUGGUUGUAUCGACGCACUACGCAAUAUGUUGAGUACCAGAAGUCUUUGGGAAUUUUAUAUGGAUUGACUGAUGAAAUAUUAAAGAACAAACGGGAUCAUCCUCCAGAUGAUUUAUCUAAAGCAGGUGGAAAUCAAACCCAAUGCUUCCUCGACUAUCUAUUAAAGGGCGCGUCCCACGAUGGCAGCGGACUCACAGACGUUGAGAUACGAGACGAAAUCACGUUAUUUUUGCUAGCUGGAACCGAUACAUCUGCAAUUUCUAUUUGCAAUAUAUUGAAACUAUUAGGAAAAUAUCCAGACGUACAAGAGAAAAUACAUGCUGAGUAA